GGAAACCAGCUGGGUGAACAGCUGAUUAACCCCCAGAGCAGAAUUGAAAAAACACUUGAAAAACGUAACUUUAAACAUGUUUUAAGCAGAAUUAAAAACGUUGGAUAUGCUUAAAAACUGGAGGGGAAUCGGCCCUGUGCUUAGCAGAACCUACACCGCCAAGGCAAAGCGGAGUGUGCUGGCGCAGGACAAAUCCAAGAUCAAGGAGUACACGCCGAAGGUGACGGACAACCAUGAGAACCGUGUAUAUGUGUGGGGAUUCCAGGAAACUGGUGCACUGGGCCUCCAGACUAGCGUGAAGAAGGCCCAGGAGCGCUACACGGAGAUGGUGCACCAUCCGACGCGGCUGCAGUUCUCCAACAACAACGAGAUCACGAAUGUAACCGCCGGCUAUGGGUUCACGGCCUAUGCCGUGCGCCGAGACGACGGCGAGACGCUCUUCGGUAGCGGGCUGAAUACAGACUCGCAGUUGGGCUUACAAGUAAAGGGUAAUCCCAAGGAUCCCGCCAAUCUGGACGUUAUAAUCUACCCCACGGCCAUUAAACUGCCGCGCAUUCAAGGGGAAACGGACGAGGACAUGCAAGUAAAGAGUAUGUCGGCGGGUCGGGCUCACCUGGUGGUGCUCACGCACAACGGCAUCGUCUUCACGCUGGGCAACAACUCCUACGGCCAGUGCGGCCGCUCCAUCAUCGAGGAGGAGCGCUACAGCAAGAGCGCACUUAUCCACCGCAUACCCCAGGAGGAUAUCUGUGGCAAAGAAGACGAACUGGUGCAUGUGGAGUGCGGCCAAGAUCAUACCAUGUUCCUCACGAAAUCCGGGCGCGUCUACACCUGCGGCUGGGGUGCCGACGGCCAGACCGGCCAGGGAAACUAUCACACUGCUGGUCAGAUAACCCUCAUUGCCGGGGACAUAGCCAAGGAGAAGAUUGUUCGCCUUAGCUGCUCCUCCGACUGUGUUCUGGCUGUCAACGAGGCGGGCGAUGUCUUUGGUUGGGGCAACUCGGAGUACGGGCAGCUGGACGACUCGGAACACGCGGAAACACAAAUCAAUCUACCGCGCGCCCUCAAACUGACCAAGGGCAUUGGCAAGAUAAAGGAUGUGGCGGCCGGAGGAUCCUUUUGCAUGGCCUUGAACGAUCAGGGGCUGGUUUACACCUGGGGCUUUGGCAUCCUUGGCUUCGGGCCCUUCGUGGAGCAGACCUCGCGGCCACAGCAUCUUUUGCCGCCUCUCUUCGGGCGCAAUGACUUCAGCAAUGCCACCACGGUGGUAUCCAUCGGUUGCGGCGUCUUCCACAUGGGUGCCGUCAACUCGGACGGCGAUCUCUUCAUGUGGGGCAAGAAUCGCUUUGGGCAUCUCGGUCUGGGCCACAAGAAGGAUCAGUUCUUUCCUUUCAAGGCGGCCAUCAAUGGGAAGGUGAGCAAGGUGGCCUACGGCGUGGAUCACACCAUAGCUCUGUGCAAGCCGUACCUUUAGAAGCUGCAAGUU